AUGGACAAGUACCAGGAACAACCUCAUCUGUUGGAUCCACAUCUAGAAUGGAUGAUGAAUUUAUUGUUGGAUAUUGUGAGGGAUAAUAAUUCUCCACCUGCUCUUGUACAUCUGGCUUUUAAAUUUCUUUACAUCAUUACAAAGGUGCGAGGAUAUAAAAUCUUCCUUGGUUUGUUCCCUCAUGAAGUAGCUGAUGUGCAGCCUGUUAUCGAUAUGUUUACAAAUCAGAAUCCUAAAGACCAUGAAACUUGGGAGACUCGAUAUGUGCUUUUGCUGUGGCUUUCUGUAACCUGCCUGAUUCCUUUUGAUCUUUCACGUCUUGAUGGAAAUCUCACCUCUGAAUGUGGGCAGGCUCGUACAUCUGUAAUGGACCGCAUACUCCAAAUAGCAGAAUCCUACUUGGUUGUUAGUGAUAAAGCUCGGGAUGCAGCUGCUGUUCUUAUAUCCAAGUUUAUUACCCGUCCUGAUGUGAAACAGAAGAAGAUGGCAGACUUCUUGGACUGGACUCUUUCAACGUUGUCAAAAUCUUCCUUCCAGACAAUGGAGGGAACUAUUAUAAUGGAUGGCAUGUUGCAAGCCCUGGCACAGGUGUUUAAGCAUGGAACAAGGGAAAGCUGUUUACCCUAUGCUUCCACGGUACUUGAGUGCCUUGAUAACUGCAAGCUCUCAGAAAGUAACCAUACUCUUCUUCGAAAACUUGGUGUGAAACUUGUUCAGCGCCUUGGAUUGACUUUCCUCAAACCCAGGUUGGCGAAGUGGAGGUAUCAGCGUGGUUGUCGAUCUUUGACUGCUAAUCUGCAACUUUCUACCCCAGAUGAGGAGAAACAGAUACCCCACAUUUCAGCUUCUGACAGUGAUGAAGACUAUGAUGUUCCUGAGGAAGUUGAAAAUGUGAUAGAGCAGCUGCUGGUUGGAUUGAAAGACAAAGAUACAGUUGUCCGAUGGUCUGCAGCAAAAGGAAUUGGUAGAAUGACUGGAAGACUACCAAAAGAAUUAGCAGAUGAUGUUGUUGGUUCAGUAUUGGACUGUUUCAGUUUUCAGGAAACUGAUAAUGCUUGGCAUGGUGGAUGUCUGGCUUUAGCAGAAUUAGGCAGAAGAGGAUUGUUACUACCUUCUCGACUCACAGAUGUUGUCCCUGUGAUAUUGAAAGCACUUACAUAUGAUGAAAAACGGGGAGCCUGUAGUGUGGGUUCCAAUGUGAGAGAUGCUGCAUGUUAUGUUUGUUGGGCUUUUGCCCGUGCCUAUGAGCCUGAGGAAUUGAAACCGUUUGUUAAUAAAAUUUCAAGGUACAGUAAAGUGGUAAAUGCAAGUAGAGUGAUAGUUCCUGCCUUCAAGGAGCUUACCAUUGAAUGUGGGAAGACAGCACACAAAAGAAAACUGAAAAGUAGAGUAGAGUGGCAGGGGGCCAAAGCCACUUCCAUUUCUAUCGGCAUAAAGCCAUUUUACCCCUUGCUGACAGUCUCCCAAUCAGGAUCUGGAGAACCUCAAGUGCAGAACCACCUUCCUUUGAUCUCAAGCUAUCCAAAGUUGGCUGCCUUCCAGGAGAAUGUUGGAAGACAGGGCACAUUUCCUCAUGGAAUUGACAUUUUAACUACAGCUGACUAUUUUGCUGUUGGUAACCGAUCUAAUUGCUUCCUUAAUAUAAGUGUGAAUAUUGCUGGCUUUGCUGAAUAUACUAAAUCAAUGAUAGACCAUCUUAUUAACAUGAAAAUCAACCAUUGGGAUGGAGUUAUCAGAGGGCUGUCAACUAAGGCUUUGCAUAAUCUCACUCCACAAGCACCAGAAUAUAUUACAGCUAUUGUUUUCCCAAAGCUGCUGCCUUUAGCUUUGUGCUCUGAUUUACAUACUCGACAUGGAGCUGUUCUUGCCUGUGCUGAGAUCACCUAUGCCCUGUACAAACUAGCAGCUGAGAAAAAUAGGCCAAUUACAGAUUAUUUGGAUCAAAAGUCAUUGGAAGGACUUAAACAGAUCCAUCAGCAGCUUUAUGAUCGUCAACUGUACAGAGGAUUGGGAGGAGAACUAAUGAGACAAUCAGUUUGCACCUUGAUAAAAAAUUUGUCACUUUCCAAAAUGCCUUUUCAAGGUGAUCCAGUAAUUGGUAGCUGGCAAUGGUUAAUAGAUGACAGUUUAAAAAGCCUCCAUCUCAUCUCAAGUACUUCAAGACAGCACGUCAAGGAAGCUGCUGUCUCAGCCCUUGCAGCAUUGUGCAAUGAAUACUAUCUGAAUCAACAAGGAGAAGUUGAUCCUGUUAUACAGGAUGAACUGAUGAAGAAUUAUAUUUCUGAACUUCGGAACACAGAAGAAAUGAUUCGUUGUGGGUUUUCACUGGCUUUGGGUUCCCUUCCAGGUUUUUUUCUGAAAGGCAAACUUAAGUUGGUGUUAGAAGGUUUAAAGGCAGUUACUCGCAUUUCUCCUAAGGACUUGAGCUUUGCUGAAGCAAGAAGAGAUGCCUUGAAAGCAAUUGCCAAGGUUUGUCAGACAGUAGGAGUGAAGGCUGAAGGAUCUCAAGAUGAUGUUAUAUGUAAAGAAAAUGUUUCCCAAAUAUAUGACACAUUUCUUGAUUGCAUGAAUGAUUAUACUACAGACAGCAGAGGAGAUGUUGGAGCAUGGGUCCGGGAGGCUUCAAUGACAGGUCUCAUGGAGCUGACACUUUUGCUAACAAGAAGUCAACCAGAGCUCAUUGAAGCAGAUGUCUGCAAACAGAUAAUGUGCUGUCUAGCCCAACAAUCAAGUGAGAAAAUUGACAGGUUUCGAGCUCAUGCUGGAUCUAUUUUCUUGAAUCUUUUGUACUUUGACAGUCCUCCAGUUCCCCACCUUCCUUAUAGAGAAGAAUUAGAGAAGAUAUUUGCAAGAUCAGAAUCUGCUAUUUUAAAUUGGAAUGCCCCUUCACAGGCAUUCCCCUGCAUUACUCAGCUCCUUGCAUUGCCUGCCUAUCGAUACCAUGUCUUAUUAGGGUUGGCAGUCUCAGUUGGCGGCUUAACAGAGUCAACGGUUAGGUACUCAACACAAAGUCUUUUUGAGUACAUGAAAAAAAUUCAAAAUGAUAUCCAAGCCAUGGACAGCUUUAGUGAAACUUUGCUCCAGGUAUUUAAGGACAACCUACUGAAUGACAGGGUAUCUGUACCAUUGCUGAAGAUGCUGGACCAAAUGCUGGCCAAUGGCUGUUUUGACAUCUUUACUACUGAGGAAAAUCACUGGUUUUCCAUGAAGUUACUUUCACUUUGUAAAGAGGAGAUAAAAAAAUCCAAAGACAUACAGAAGCUUCGCUCAAGCAUUGCUGUGUUUUGUGGAAUGAUUCAAUUUCCUGGAGAUGUGAGGAAAAAAGUCCUAUUUCAGCUCUUUCUUCUUCUUUGCCACCCUUUUCCUAUAAUAAGGAAGACAACUGCCAGUCAGGUGUAUGAAAUGGUAUUAAUCUAUAGUGACAUUGUUGAUCCAGCAGUCUCUGAUGAAGUUAUGACUAUACUCAGUGACACUGCCUGGGAUACCGAUUUACAUUUUGUGAGAGGACAGCGGAACUACCUGUGUGAUCUUCUGCAAGUACCCAAACCACAGCUAGUCUCCAAGCUGCCAGCUCACUGAAGUCACAUUCCUGGGGACUGAAGCCUUUGAGAGCAGCCCUGUUUUUGUAGCAAGAGAAACAGCAACGUUAUUGUUCCAAAGGGAAAGGGGAGGCUUGAUUCUCUGAAGCUAAAAGGAACAUAAUUUAAUAUGAAACUGUCAAAUCAAGCCCCACACAAAUUCUCAUUCAAUUUAGAACAAAUGUAAAGAGGACACUACAUCUCUCUGUUCUGUUUAUUGUUCAACUAUUGAAAUUCAGUGUCUGUAACUGCAAGAUGGCAGUUUAUCUUCAUGGUCACUUCAUUAAGUUCAGGUGAAUUGACAAUGUUGACUAAUGCUUUCCUUUUACUGAAAACUGAGCAACACUUCUAUAAAAUCAU